AUGCGACACAUGUCUUACUUCAUUGCUUUCGCUCAUUUUGGCGCAAUUUGCUUAGAUCUAGCCUACGGAAUCCUAAUCAAUAUCCAGAGUGAAAAGCUGGAGAACGCGACUAAAGUGAUCAUGUGCGGUAUAUUGACGGUGCUUGGUGUGGAAGUUCGGAUUCAAUUUAUACUGUUCUUUAUCGCUGCUUCUAUAAUGGUCAACGGGAUGAUCUUUUUGUUUGUGGGAGCCGUUUGUCAAAUAGUUCCCGAGGAGAAUCGAAUGAUGUCAAAACUCAUCUCUUUCACCGGCCCGAUCACUUCGUGCAUUUUUCUGCUCAUUCUUGCUCUACCUCUUUAUCUCCUUGACAAGAGCUCGCUCCUCAUUGAUCAAAACGCGUUCACAAUGACGUGGAUAGGCUCAAUCUUUUCCUUGCCGACAAUCUCGAUUCUUUCCUUUAUGGGUGCCUCAACCGGUCAUGUUCUUUUAUUGCUCUAUUCUGCUAAACGAUAUUUUGACUCAAUGCAUCGAAUCAUGUCUUCCACGACGGCCAAAAAGCAACAUCUCUGGAUUCGGAACAGUUUGGCACAGACUUUAAUCCCAUUGAUCUUCAUUGCCGUUCCAUUCAUCAGUAUUCGAAUCUAUUAUCAAUUUGGUGUCACCAAUGGAGCAUUUUCGGCAAUCACAAACUUUUUCCAAAGUUUCUAUGGAACCGGCUUCACUUGCACGACGAUUUUCGUCUACCAACCCUACAGGAAAAGAAUCGCCGACGCUUUCCGCCCUAAAACUCCACACAAAAUGGAUCGACGAAAAACUUUACCGAGUUUCUCACCUCAUUAC